AUGAAACACUUUUUGACAUAAGUUACCGUAAGUCAUUUCCAAUAUAAAGUUUUAGAUUAUAGUAAUUAAUAUUCAACCUAAAAUCAUGUCUGGUGUUGAACUUGACGAUAUUUUACAACAAGCAGAACGACUGACAGCGGAUCUUGAUGGUGGUAACGAGUUACCAAGAGUCCAGCGUAACCUUCAACAAAUUUUGGACGCUGGACAAAGACUCUGUUCUGGAACCCCAGCAACCCAUGAUAAUGCAGAAGUCAGGGCUUCAUUGCUUCUUAGUAGACGUGGGCAUGAAAUUCCGCAAAUUUCUGAUAGACUGAGGACGUUAACAUCAGCUGCACAGACCUUAGAGCCAUUGGAACCAGUAUGUGAUACUGAUAUUGAAGGCUUUCUUCGAAAUGAACGAGAAAAUGCUAUACUUGCUGUUCUAGAAGAACAAAAAAGUAAGGCUUUUCAAGCUGUUGAAAAAUAUUAUUGGCAAUCUAGAAUGAGUGAGUGGGAAAAACAAAAGCAGAGUAUACUUGGGAAGCUUAUUGGCAGCGAUGGAACUUUGAAUUUCACCCAAGAAUUUUCUGAAGCUGGAAGAGUAGUUGAUGACUACAAUACUUCUCGUUCGGUUUCUCGGAGUGCUAUGGAUACUUGGGAAGUUGGUUAUGCACAACAAGUUUACAUCUAUAAUGAAAAAGUAUUAUCUGGAUCGAUUCGACCAAAUUUCGUAGAUUUGUGUCAAAUAACGGCUGAAAAAAUACGAGAUGAAAAUAUUAUUUCGCUAUGGAAUAUGGUGAAAUAUGUCCUGAAUGCUGAAAUAUCUGUAGCGGACAAAUCUGUCCUUGCAAGAAGAUUGUCAAAAAAUGUAAUCUCUUCUGUCGUUGGCCAAGCUCGAAGUUAUUUAGAAGACAUGUACAGAGAUUACAUGAUGAAAUGUGUGCAUCAGCGCCCUCAUGUGGCACAACUUGGUGGACGACCAGGCACUAUCAAUCUUGUUAAAAGUUUUUUGAAGGUAAAGCCUCCGCAUCAAGUUCAUGAAUACAGAAAUAUCGAUUGGGCGAUUUUGUAUUUUUGUCUUCGAUGCGGAGAUCUCGAAGCUGCUUGUGAAGUUGCGCAAUCUUUGGAUGGGACUUUCCCAGAGCUUUCAGGUUGGAUUAACGAGUAUGCUAAAGAUCGUACUUUGUCUCCUACUUCGGAAAAUAAAUUAUUAUUACAAUACAAAAGAUCAAUUCGAAAUGCUGGAAAUCCAUAUGCAAUCGCUAUAUUUUGUAUUCUCGGUCAUUGCGAUUUUAUGGAGUCACAUACAGAAAUCGCUGGAACAACUGAUGACUAUUUAUGGGUAAAGUUAUGUCAAGUUGUCGUUGAAAAGUCCUCUUCAACGCAAUCCGAAGUUUUGACCUUGCUAACGCUUCAAAAACUUCUCGCUGAUUAUGGAGAAUCCCACUUCAACGCUACUUCAAACCCUCUACUGUAUUUCCAAGUAUUGUUUUUGACUUACCAAUUUGAAGCAGCGAUUGAAUUUUUGUCUCGAUUUCCGAGUUUACGAUGCCAUGCAUUGCAUGUAGCACUAGCGCUUCACGAAGUAAAUCUAUUGGUGAAAGCAACCAAUCUACAUGACGGGUUGAUCAGUUCCAAGCCAUCUGACCAAUCUCAAUUCACGAAUGUACAACGACUAAAUUUACCAAGAUUGUUAAUGAUGUACACUCGGAAAUUUGAGUUGACUGACCCAAGAGAGGCGUUAAAUUACUUGUACUUUCUCAGAGAUGAGAGACAUGAAAAUGAGAGUCUCUUCUUGCAAUGUACGAGCGAGCUGAUUCGUGAAACAGGCGAAUUCUCGAUGCUUUUAGGCGGUUUGAAUCCUGAUGGUAGCCGGCGCCCUGGAUUAGUGGAUAGAUAUUGUGCUGGUGACACAAAGGAAUUGAUUGCAAAAGUCGCUGCAGAUACGGAAGCCAAAGGUCUCUUUGAAGAUGCUAUCCGAUUGUAUGACUUAUGUGGAAAUUAUGAUAAUGUUAUCACGCUUCUAAAUAGGCUUAUGUGUCCUCUACUACCGGCUGCCGACCGUGCCCAUUCUGACCGAGUUCGUAUCAAAGAUCUUGCUGUUUCAAUUGCUCAGAGAUAUCGCUCACUUGCCGUUGAGCUUUCACAGGAUCUGAGUUCCACGUUUUACGUUCUGCUUGACCUCCUGACCUUUUUUGACCAGUAUCACCUUCGUCGUUACGACACCGCAAUGGAUAUUAUAAAUCAACUUCAUAUCUUGCCAACUAAGCCUGAGCAAGUUCAAGACAGGGUGAGGAAUUUUUCUGCGUUUUCCGAGGAAGUUCGUCAAAACAUUGGGGAAAUUCUGCUAGCUACGAUGAACAUGUUAGCAUCUCAGAAAAAGGCUCUGCAAAGCAAUAAAAUCGUAGAAGUUGGGGCGACACGUUCUUACGCAAGUGCUUUACUGACUUUUGCUGGAAUGCUUCCUUACCAGUUACCUGGAGAUAUCACAUCAAAACUAGUGCAAAUUGAGGUUGAUAUGAUGUGAGAGGACAUAUUAUAAGUACACUGAAAUGUCCAAAAUCGAUUGAAUAUUCGAGACCAUUCGAAAUGGGUUGGCAAAUGUAUGACUUAAGAGGUAUCAGAAUAUUUUCAUUUGGAUAUUUGGGUAUUUGACAUCUGACACUAUCAAUUUACCAUGAUUUCUGCAAAUUUCUCUGCUGAAUAGGAUAUUCCACAUUCAAAAAUAUUAUCACAGAAUAUAUGGCUGUUUUUAAUUUUGGCCUGUAAGCAUAAGGUAUGUUGCUUGAAUGCCAAACACUAUCCAUUUUGAUCAACUUGGUACAAUCACACUGAUAUCAAAAUUUACACUGUAAACAUUGACGCUAGGCAACAAAUAAGUGCUAAUGCUAGUCUGUGUACAUUUGCUUUGUAGAAUUUCCUGAUAUUAAUUUCUCAAUAGAAUAUCUCAAGUGGUAUCUAUACAAUACUGUAUAUUUUUAUUGAUGAACAGGGGGUGCCACCACUCUUAGGUCUUUUGAAGCAGACAACGCUACACAUCAUAAAAUUUUGAGAACUACUGGCCUAAGCUAAUAGUUUUGUUGCUAGAAAGUUUAUUUUCGAGUUCAAAGUCUGUUAAAAAUAAUCCUUUUUGCAGCAAUGUUAACUCUGCAAUCAGUUCAUUUACAUAACUUGUGUUUAUUGUUUAGAAUAUGUUCCUUACCUUUGCUAUGAAAAAGUAUCUAGACAAGCAGGAAAUCAUGCACAUGAAGUAAUUCAAUUUUUUGCAUUAUAAUGUCUUCAAUGAGUUCAAACUAAAAAUUAAAAUUCACAUCUCUCCAGAGUGCCUUUGUUACCGAUUUAUUUUGGAGAAUUAUUGGUCGCUUUUCUAUAAACAAUAUCUGAUUUCACUGCCUUUUUUUACAG